AGGUGUCUCGGAAGACACGCCUUCGUUCGUUCCACGUCACGGUGACGUGUCUGCCCCGUUGUGAAGAUGUGGUUCUGGUCCCGGGACCCGGCCCGUGAUUUUCCUUAUGACGUCACCGGGGAACGGGAGGAAUUACCGGGAGGCUGGGGGAUCCAAAGGGGUAAAAAGAAGGCCGGUGGUGACCUAGUGUCUGUGUUCACUUACGAUAUCCGUCCGGGGGCAGACGAACAGACGCAAGCAGCCAAAGCAGCACUAAAAAGAAUCAAGACAUUGCGACACCCAAAUAUUCUGUCAUAUGUGGAUGGAUUAGAGACUGAUAAAUGCUUGUACGUAGUGACAGAACCAGUGACGACUCUGGGGACAUAUAUGAAAUCCAGGAGUGAUGCUGGAGGGAUCAGUGAAUUAGAGAUUUCCUGGGGUCUACACCAAAUCGUGAAAGCGCUCAGUUUCCUGGUCAAUGAUGGUAACCUCAUCCACAAUAAUGUAUAUAUGUCAUCAGUGUUUGUGGACCGGGCAGGGGAGUGGAAGUUGGGGGGGCUGGAUUAUAUGUAUCCAGCAGGUAGUGAGGAAAGUGCACCUAAAAAAGGACCUGAGCUGGAGAAGUACAAUCCCCCUGAGAAGUCAGAACGCUCAAAGACAUCUGGGGAGAAGUGGUCAGCUGACAUGUGGUGCCUUGGCUGUCUAAUAUGGGAAGUCUUUAAUGGCCCUCUCCCUCGCCCAACUGCUCUACGUUCACUCGGAAAGAUCCCCAAAUCACUGGUGCCUCACUACUGUGAACUCGUUGGUGCCAACCCUAAAAUGCGCCCCAACCCAGCCCGAUUCCUCCAGAACUGCCGAGCCCCUGGUGGGUUCUUCUGCAACAGCUUUGUGGAGACCAAUCUGUUCCUGGAAGAGAUACAGAUUAAAGACCCUGCUGAACGACAGACGUUUUUUGAACAGCUCAGUGAAAAUCUGGACUCUUUUCCUGAAGAUUUCUGUCGCCAUAAAAUCCUUCCGCAGCUUCUUACAGCCUUCGAAUUUGGCAGCGCUGGCGCUGUUAUCCUAACGCCCUUAUUUAAGAUUGGAAAGUUUUUGAAUGCCGAAGAAUAUCAACAAAAGAUCAUUCCCAUCAUUGUUAAAAUGUUCUCCUCCACAGAUAGAGCCAUGAGAAUACGACUCCUGCAGCAGAUGGAGAAUUUCAUCCAGUACUUAAAUGAACCAACAGUCAAUACACAGAUCUUCCCGCAUGUGGUCCAUGGAUUUACGGAUACAAAUCCUGCAAUCCGGGAACAGACCGUGAAGUCCAUGUUGCUUCUGGCUCCUAAACUAAAUGAAAACAACUUAAAUGUGGAGUUGAUGAAGCAUUUUGCUCGGCUUCAGGCACGGGACGAUCAGGGGCCGAUCCGGUGCAACACAACUGUGUGUUUAGGCAAGAUUGCUUCCUACUUCAAUCCCAUUACACGGCAGAGGGUCCUGAUAUCAGCAUUCAGUAGAGCUACAAAAGAUCCCUUUUCCCCAUCCCGAGCUGCUGGAGUUCUUGGUUUUGCUGCUACACACAACUUUUACUCAAUGAAUGACUGUGCUGGGAAGAUCCUACCAGUGCUCUGUAGUGUAACAAUGGAUCCAGAAAAGAGUGUCCGAGAUCAGGCAUUCAAAACAAUACGCAGCUUUCUGGAUAAACUAGAGUCUGUGUCAGAGGAUCCAGCACAGUUAGCAGAGCUCGAAAAAGAUGUACAUGCGGCAUCAGCAAACCCAGGUGUUGUCGGCGGCUGGGCUGGCUGGGCUGUCACUGGAGUCUCCUCCUUGACCUCCAAAUUUAUCCGGACCAGUGCGGCAGGAGGACAGGAUGCGACAGCAGCGCAGACAGCAGCACAAGGACCAUCAGUACCCCCAACAACAGUACCAGCCGAGGCCAGCAAGCCAGAUGCCGUUCCUGCAUCGGCACCUCCUGCUGCGUUAUCCUCAGCGCCUCACUAUGAGUGUGAAGAAGAUGACAAUGAGGUUGAUGAUAACACAUUGGACCGAUGGGAUGAUGAAGACUGGGGAAGCCUGGAGGCUGUUUAUUCUUCUUCCAAAUCUAAACCAAGUACUGUGAGUGACCAGAGGCUUACCGAUACCAGGACAUCUGCUGCUGAAGAAAAUUGGGGCUGGGAAGAUGCUUUGCAGCCCGUCUCCAAUUCUAAAAGCCGAACAUCAUCUACCUUCUCCCCUCCAGACGGCACAAGAGCAGCCAGUGAAUACAAUUGGGACAGUGUUGGUGGUGGGACACAAGUGGAUUUCUUUGCGGUGGCAUCAGAGAAAACUAACCAGAAACAGGAUGAAAGUUGCAAUUCGGAUGGAUGUGGAGACUGGGGGGGAGAUGACAACUGGGAAUCGGUGGAAGCAGAUCAAGGUCUGAGCAAAGCUGAAAUAGCAAGAAAGAAAAGAGAAGAACGACAACGAGAGAUAGAAGCAAAAAGAGCAGAAAGGAGAGCGGCCAAGGGACCCCUAAAACUGGGAGUACGGAAGCUGGAUUAGGAGAGCAGAGGGGUCAGCAGGCGAUAUCAAGAGAUGGAGAAAGCAGAAG